CCAUGAUGCCGCUCGCCACUGCGCCUGCGCAGACAGGAGACAGCUGAUAACUCAUCUAUUAUGCUACUUCGCUAUAUAAAAAAAAACCUUACGUAAACGUACCGAAGCCCACUGCUGGAUUUCCCCGAGGACCGAGCCACAAAGUGAAUCCCCUCUCCGACCGGUACCGGCGGGGUUAACGGGUAAAGGGAGCAGGAGCCGAACGGGAUGAGUCGCCGUGUGUCGGAUCCUGGAUGGCCGCUCGGCGCCUUCAGACAAAGCUCAGCUAACAGGCUAACGGCUCAUUAGCUAGCGGGAACAUCUGCAAGCAACGGAUCAGUGAGCGCGUUAAUCGGCCCGGUGAGCCGCUUGUUACCGAAACACCCGUCCAGAUAUCACCUUCUGCACGCGCUCAGACGCCAAGACGACGGCUAUUAACGCUAUUUAUGACGUUUACGUCUCCGGUUGUGCGAUGGAAGUGUGUCUCCUCGACCUGAAGAAUCCACAACAACGUCUGAACUGAACACGCAGCGACAUAAACACACCUACACCCCCUCCCUCAGGCCUCAGGGGGAGUUGUUUUCUCACCUGGUGGUCCAACACUGCCAUCCCACAGUGCAUUGCUGCGUCACAGUCGUCCACCAUGUCGGACGCCCCCGAGGCUGCGCCCCCCAGCCCCCCCACCCUCACCAACCCGGCCCCCCCGGAAGUCACCAAUGCCACCAAACCUGGCAGGAAGACCAACCAGCUGCAGUACAUGCAGAACGUGGUGGUGAAGACCCUCUGGAAGCAUCAGUUCGCUUGGCCCUUCUACCAGCCGGUGGACGCCAUCAAGCUCUGCCUGGCAGACUACCACAAGGUGAUCAAGAACCCGAUGGACAUGGGUACCAUCAAGAAACGUCUGGAGAACAACUACUACUGGAGCGCCAGUGAGGCCAUGCAGGACUUCAACACCAUGUUCACCAACUGCUACAUCUACAACAAGCCCACCGAUGACAUCGUCCUCAUGGCUCAGGCCCUGGAGAAGAUCUUUCUGCAGAAAGUCUCUCAGAUGCCUCAAGAAGAAGUCGCUCUGCUUCCUCCAGCUCCCAAAGGCAAGAGCAAGAAGCCCGGGGCCACUACGCCAGUGAGUCAGCAGGCGGAGUCUUCAGCCUCCCCUCCACCCUCCUACCCCUCUCCCUCCCCCUCUCUGACACCUGUCAUCUCUACAACGCCCACAUCUGUCCAGACCACGCCCCCUGCCCCCGCCCCACAGCCCCCGGCAACCAUGAUGCCGUCUGCACAGCCCGUCGUCAAGAAGAAAGGUGUGAAGAGGAAAGCCGACACCACCACCCCCACCACGUCGGCUAUCUCGGCUGGUCGAGCCGACUCUCCGUCCGCUCAGGACGCCAAGCCGCCCAAACUGGGUCUGUCCCGCCGUGAGGCCGCCGCUCGGCCCGCUAAGACCCGCCGGGAGACGGUGGAGGAGGUGGCGGGCACAGAGGCAGGGGGGGGCGGAGCUGGCAGAAGUAAGGGAGGCAAGCUGGGGGAGCAGAUGAAGCACUGUGACGCCAUCCUGAAGGAGAUGCUGUCCAAGAAGCACGCAGCCUACGCGUGGCCCUUCUACAAGCCGGUGGACGCAGAGGCCCUGGAGCUCCAUGACUACCAUGACAUCAUCAAGCACCCCAUGGACCUCAGCACUGUGCGGAAAAAGAUGGACAAAGGAGAAUACGGCGAUCCUCAAAGUUUCGCUACAGACGUCAGGUUAAUGUUCUCCAACUGUUACAAGUACAACCCCCCCGACCACGAGGUGGUGGCCAUGGCCCGUAAGCUGCAGGACGUGUUUGAGAUGCGUUUCGCUAAGAUCCCCGAUGAGGGCCUGGAAGCUUCCGUCCCCUCCACCACCCCAUUGGUCAGUAAAAGCACCGCCUCCUCUGACAGCAGCAACAACUCCUCCUCCGACGAAUCGUCCGACUCAGAGGAGGAGCGGGCCACGCGAUUGGCUGAGCUACAGGAGCAGGUUGGUGCUGCCGACCAAUCACAGUUGAAGGCGGUGCACGAGCAGCUCGCCGUCCUGUCGCAGGCGCCUGUUAGUAAGCCCAAGAAGAAGAAAGAGAAGAAAGACAAGGACAAGAAGAAAGACAAGGGGAACAAGGGCAAGCUGGAGGAAGAGAAGAAGCCUAAAGCUGCCGCUCAGCAGCCCAAACCGGCCAAUCAGAAGAAAGCGCCAGCCAGGAAAGCCAACAGCACGGUGACCGCCACAAGGCAACCCAAGAAAGGCGGCAAGGCGGCGGGCGGCGGCUCUGCCAACGGGGACGACGGCGGCGGCGAGGAGUCGUCUCUGCCGAUGUCCUACGACGAGAAGCGCCAGCUGAGCCUGGACAUCAACCGGCUGCCGGGCGAGAAGCUGGGCCGCGUGGUGCACAUCAUCCAGUCCAGGGAGCCCUCGCUGAGGGACUCCAACCCCGACGAGAUCGAGAUCGACUUCGAGACCCUGAAGCCCUCCACGCUGCGCGAGCUGGAGCGCUACGUCAAGUCCUGCCUCCAGAAGAAGCAGAGGAAGCUGCUGCAGAAGGCAGCCGGAGGCGGGGCGUCGGGAGGCGGGGCUAGUCGCUUGAGUGGCAGCUCCUCUUCCUCCUCCGAUGACAGCUCCUCAACAGGAACCUCUUCUUCCUCCGACACAGACUGAACACACACACACACACACACACACACAGAGGUUUAUCCACAUCUACCCAUUUAGCACAUGCAGACACCCAGUAACACACAUCCAUGUAAACCUCCACCCUGGAAACACAGACUUGAGACAGAGAUACACACUCUGAACUUCUUACGACACACACACGCCCAGACGUGGAGACUGUAUGUAAAUAGGCUGACAGGUUUUUUAGCUCCUAGUGUCCUUUUCUUUAUUUCUUCGCCGAGGACGGACGGAAGAGAAGAAGAAGAAGAAAACGACCCCCUCCCAGCGGUCUGAACAGCCUUCUUCUUCCUGGACGCUCGCCUGUGACCCCUGAAAACAUUCCAGAAGCAUCUGUAGAGCGUCAUGUGACCGGCAGGAGCCAAUCAGAGGCUUUGACUAGUUCUUGAAGAGCAGAUGAAUAAUGUGGAUCAGGAGGCGGAGCCGCAGCAGGGGGCGUGAAUGGCCUCCUGGGAUUGGUCAAAUAAUCAAUGCAUCAAUACAACCUCUGCUCCUGAAGUGGGGACCAUAAUCACUCUGACAAUAAAAAGGUGGUUUUUCUUCCUGCAUUAAGUUUCUGCAGGAUUUUUAUUUCUUUUUUAUUAAAAUCAAAUUCUUGGUGCAGAUUUUCAAAGUAAAAGUCGGCUGGGUUAUUUAAAAAAAAAAA